CAGGGGAAGGAGGGGUCUAUCCCCUGUGCUCACUCAUACUACUGUAGGCUCAGGCUCCCUGCUACUGUUACAGGGACUGUGUCUGCUGUGCUGGACACUCCUCACUGCUCCCUUGGAAGUUACAGCUUUCACCUCACAAAUCUGGGGAGGGCAAUCUCUUCCCACUUUCCUAUCAAUCAGUAAUGUUUGUUUAAGUAAAACAGGAGGAAGACGUACAUUUCACUGCAGCAGUCAGGGGCUGAUUGAGCACUGCUGUGUGUGCCACCAGUCCAGCUGGAAGGAGGUCUGUUCUAUAUCCUCAGUUGAGCCCCCUGGCAGUAAUGGUUGGGAAGCUGAGCCUGCAGGAUGUCCCUGACCUAUUGGACAUGAAGAGGAAGGGUGAGAGGGUGCUGGACAGCCCAGACUCAGGGCUUCCCCCAAGUCCAUGUCCCAGUAAUUGGCUGGUAACUUCUUCAGCAUCUGAGAAACCCUCAGAGCAGGACAUCAUCAUCUCUACACAGACAGUACAGGGGAACUUCUCUCAGUCAUUAAACACCCCAAGACUAUGUCCUUUGUCCUUUGGAGAAGGUGUAGAGUUUGAUCCGUUGCCACCCAAGGAGAUAAGAUACACAUCGUCUGUGAAAUAUGACUCUGAGAAGCAUUUUAUUGACAAUAUCUACAUGCCUGUUGGAUUGAGUCUUUCUUCCUGCAGCCAAACAGUUAUCUGUGUCCCUAAUUGCACAUGGCGCAACUACCGAGCAGAAAUACGUUUUGAACCCAGAAACAAGCCCAAAAGAUUCAUGAGCACCACCAUUGUUUAUCCAAAACACACAAAAACUGUGUAUACCACCACUCUGGAUUACAACUGCAAGAAGUGUAUGAGACGGUUUCUGUCCAGUGUAGAGCUAGAAUCUACAGAACACCUGAGUAACGAGUGCUUUGUGGAUGAAUACUGAGUACCCGUAUCUUUCUCUAGAUUCAUUAUCUCAAGCUUUAUAAACUUACAUGAUUACACUUAAAAUAAUUCGAGAGUCAGGUAUCCUUUUCUUGAAGGACAAGAGAAGUUAAAAAUUUGUCUUCUUCUGGACACGUUCUUACUCUGAGCAUUGAUUGUUCUGAUCUUGAUAGAACUAUGUAGACCUUUUACACAGUAAAUCUGUAUGGUUGAUGCUACUUGUUACCCAUUAUUCAUUGUGCAUGCCAUAAAAUCAUCUGCUUUUGGCAUUUACAUACGUAUUGAAUAUUUUCUCAUGAAUGGCAAAGUUAUUAUGUGGGCGAUUUCCAAAAAAGAACACCACACAAAGGAACAAAAAAGAAUGACUUACUGUUCCUAUGAAAAAUACAUUAGAAACCUUUUUGGACUCCAAACACUUUAAAAAAGGGAAGAAGAUAAAACAACCUUUAAUAUUUCCAAAAAGAAAUGCAUAACUUCUGACCAACAAGCCUGACAACUGAAUGUGAAGAUUUAUGAGCGAUUAGUGAUUCAAGAAGUGCUGGGUUUUCACUGGAUUGAAAGCUCAAGAAUUUUUAAAUAGGCAGUCCUGGUGUAUUACUCUAUUAAACACCAAAUUCUGAAAUCAAAAUCAUUUUGUAUGUAACACAGCAGUUAUAUAUUUGCUUUUUCCAUAUUCUUGUUUCUACAAAAAUAAAGCUCUUAAUAAUA